AUGCACCUUUCUUGCUCCUCACCUUUGCGUGAAACAGCACGGUUGUACUCCAAAGCACUAGAUGGCGCUCUGCAGCUAGUUUUGGAUGAGGAUCACUCCGGUUCAAGGAGGUUGCAGAAUCUUUGGAGGGAUUCACGUGAGGAAGCUCUAGGGGAGUAUUACAUGAGAAAAUAUGCCAAAUCCUCAGGAGGAGAGCAUUUCUAUGGCGGCUCUGAGGAUCUUUCUGAUGACAUCACCCAGCAACAGUUGCUUCCUGGGGUCAAGGAUCCUAAUUUGUGGACCGUUAAGUGUAAGAUUGGAGAGGAGAGAGCAACUGCCAUCGCCUUGAUGCGAAAAUUCAUUGCUUAUCAGUGUACCGACACACCGCUUCAAAUCAAAUCAGUGGUGGCCCCGGAGCACGUCAAAGGUUAUAUCUAUGUGGAGGCGUACAAGCAGACCCACGUCAAGGCCGCUAUUGAGGGUGUUGGAAACCUGCGCAUGGGCUUCUGGAACCAGCAGAUGGUGCCCAUUAAAGAGAUGACCGAUGUGCUGAAAGUGGUUAAGGAAGUGACUAACCUUAAACCCAAGUCUUGGGUUCGUCUUAAGAGAGGCCUUUAUAAAGAUGACAUUGCCCAGGUGGACUAUGUUGAACCAAGCCAGAAUACGAUCUCACUGAAAAUGAUUCCUCGUAUUGAUUUAGAUCGCAUCAAAGCAAGGAUGAGUAUGAAAGACUGGUUUGCGAAGAGAAAGAAGUUUAAGAGGCCACCUCAGAGGCUUUUUGAUGCUGAAAAGAUCAGGUCCCUUAGUGGUGAGGUCAGCCAUGACGGUGACUUCAUGAUAUUUGAAGGCAACCGAUACAGCCGCAAAGGCUUCCUGUUCAAAAGCUUUGCCAUGUCAGCUGUGAUCACAGAAGGGGUUAAACCCACUCUGUCGGAGCUGGAGAAGUUUGAGGACCAGCCAGAGGGGAUUGACCUUGAAGUAGUCACAGAGACAACAGGUAAGGAGCGUGAGCACAAUCUCCAGGCAGGAGACAAUGUUGAAGUGUGUGAGGGGGAGUUGAUCAACCUUCAGGGUAAAAUCCUGAGUGUGGAUGGCAACAAGAUCACCAUCAUGCCCAAGCAUGAGGAUCUCAAGGACCCUCUCGAGUUUCCAGCUCAUGAGUUGAGGAAGUACUUCCGUAUGGGCGACCAUGUGAAGGUUAUCGCAGGGCGUUUUGAAGGUGACACAGGCCUCAUAGUCCGUGUGGAGGAGAACUUUGUCAUUCUGUUCUCUGAUCUCACCAUGCAUGAGUUGAAGGUCUUGCCCCGGGACCUGCAGCUUUGCUCUGAGACUGCCUCAGGUGUGGAUGCAGGAGGCCAGCAUGAGUGGGGAGAGCUGGUACAGUUAGACCCCCAAACUGUAGGUGUCAUUGUCAGGCUGGAAAGAGAGACCUUCCAGGUUCUGAACAUGCAUGGGAAAGUUUUAACCGUACGGCACCAGGCAGUAAAUAGACGGAAGGACAAUCGCUUUGCUGUCGCUCUCGACUCAGAGCAAAACAACAUCCACGUGAAGGAUAUCGUGAAAGUCAUUGAUGGACCUCAUUCGGGCCGUGAAGGUGAAAUUCGCCACAUCUUCAGAGGCUUUGCUUUUCUUCACUGCAAGAAGCUGGUUGAAAACGGAGGCAUGUUUGUUUGUAAAGCACGCCACCUCGUUCUGGCAGGCGGCUCAAAGCCCAGAGAUGUGACCAAUUUUACAGUGGGUGGCUUUGCUCCUAUGAGUCCACGCAUCAACAGUCCAAUGCACCCUGGCGGAGGUGGUCAGCAGCACAGGGGUGGAGGUGGUGGCAUGGGUCGGGGCCGUGGGCGACGAGACAAUGAUCUGAUUGGGCAGACUGUUCGUAUAUCCCAGGGACCAUACAAAGGGUACAUUGGCGUGGUGAAGGAUGCCACAGAAUCAACCGCUAGGGUAGAGCUCCACUCAACUUGCCAGACCAUCUCUGUGGACCGGCAGCGUCUCACAACUGUUGGUGGCAAAGAAAGACAAGGAAGGACUUUUUUUUUUUACUUUACCUGUCUUUCAUUGUUCACAGGAAGCCGGACUCCUCACUAUGGCUCCCAGACUCCUCUGCAUGACGGGAGCAGGACCCCCGGUCAGAGCGGCGCUUGGGACCCCAACAAUCCAAACACACCAUCACGGGCUGAUGACGAAUACGAGUUUGCUUAUGACGACGAGCCCUCUCCAUCUCCUCAAGGCUAUGGCGGUACACCCAACCCACAGACUCCUGGCUACCCAGAAGUGCCCUCCCCACAGGUCAACCCUCAGUACAACCCUCAGACUCCGGGGACUCCUGCUAUGUACAACACCGACCAGUACUCCCCAUAUGCAGCACCCUCUCCGCAAGGGUCCUACCAGCCCAGCCCCAGCCCACAGAGUUACCACCAAGUGGCCCCAAGCCCAGUGGGAUACCAAAACACACACUCGCCCGCCAGUUACCACCCCACCCCAUCACCCAUGGCCUACCAGGCCACUCCGAGUCCCAGUCCGGUAGGGUACAGUCCAAUGACUCCUGGAGCUCCAUCUCCAGGAGGCUACAACCCUCACACUCCCGGAUCUAACAUCGACCAGGCCUCCAAUGACUGGGUCACCACAGACAUCAUGGUGCGUGUGAAAGACACAUUCCUGGACGGAGGCGUCAUCAAUCAGACCGGUGUAAUCCGGAGUGUCACCGGGGGUAUGUGCUCCGUUUUCCUGCAAGCCACGGAGAAGGUCGUUAGUAUUUCAAGUGAACACUUGGAACCUGUUACGCCAACCAAAAACAAUAAGGUGAAGGUGAUUCUGGGAGAGGACAGGGAGGCCACAGGAGUCCUGCUCAGUAUUGAUGGUGAAGACGGCAUUGUUAGAAUGGAGCUGGAUGAGCAACUGAAGAUUCUCAAUCUCCGCUUCCUUGGGAAAUUGGAAGUGUGAAGAACACCACGCAUUUAAACAUUUUGCUAUUCGAAUGCAGAUGCUGCAGAUUAGUCACUUUCAGUGAGCUUUGAUUUUCUUCUGUUCACCAUCAUCUACAUUGUGAAGUAACUGGCCUUUUACAAUAUGUAUAUAUUUUUUUUUACUUAGUUUAAGGUUUUAGUGGAUAGUCCAUUUUCUGUUUCUUCUGUGGUGUAGAAACAUACUUUUUGGCUAACUGAUUUCUUGUCAAAUAAAAUGUGAACCGUGAGUUCCCAAAGCCAUCCAUCCUGAGUGUU